AAGAGAGGAAGGAAAACGGUGAAGUACGGGACAGGUGAAGAAGAUGGUUUAGACGGUAAGUGCAGCACUGUCCUGGACAAUAUCUACCUACUGAUCACCACUAUUGGAAGACCUCUUAAAUGACCUAGACACGAUGGAGGGCUCUAUUUUCUCGCAAGUGUCACAAUCCAAGAAUGACAUGAAAGGCUUUGCAGAUGAUGACGCUGAGCAGGAUAUGCUAGAUACUGGGGAGUCAUCGGAAAGUGACGAGGAGGAGGGGAAUGAGCCGGAAGAAGAUCCAGGACCUUCUGGAGGUGAAGGUAGCGAAGAAUGGGCUGGAUUUGACAGUGAGGAGGAAACCAUACAGCCAGUAAAAACCCCUCAAGUAAGUAUGAAAGCAGACGAUUCACCUGCUGCACCUAUGCCAGGAUCAAAGUAUGUUCCGCCGCAUAUGCGGGAUCAUUCACAAGGCGGUGGACAAGGCAAUGCAGAGGCCGACCUCAAACUUACGAGACAGCUGAAAGGUCUGCUUAAUCGUAUGAGCGAACAGAACAUAGCUUCUAUCAUAGACGGUGUGGAAGAAAUAUACCGCAACCAGCGGAGACAUGAUGCGACGGCGACAUUAACAGCCCUCAUCAUCGAUGGCAUCUCGGCGCACUCAAUGCUGCUAGAUUCUUAUGUCGUGCUUCAUGCUGCCUUCGUCUCCGCUUUGCAUAAACUCAUCGGCAUCGAAUUUGCGGCCUCCUUCGUGCAGAACGUAGUGGCCGCAUACGAGCGCCACUUUGCCGACGUCCAGACGGGCCGAGUAUCAGCGGCAGCGAUAAAUGGUGCUACCGGGGAACCUCAACAGGAAGACGACGAGACAAUCGGAAAAGAAUGUUCCAACCUCAUCAUUCUAUUAUCGGAGUUAUAUAACUUCCAAGUCAUCUCCUGCGUCUUGGUCUGCGACGUCAUCCGCGGAUUGCUCGAUGGCGAUCUCACCGAGUUCAAGGUCGAGCUCCUCCUAAAGGUCACCCGAAAUUCUGGGCAACAGCUGAGGCAAGAUGACCCGACGGCGUUGAAGAGCAUCAUUCAAAUCGUGCACUCCAAGUUGUCCGGUGAAGCGAACGCGAUGAGCUCUCGCACUCGAUUCAUGGUCGAGACGCUCGCGAACCUCAAGAACAACAAGCUCAAGCGUAACGCCGUGCCGACUGCAGGAGGCGAAUCGGUUGAACGGCUGAAGAAGUUUCUCGCUGGUCUGAGCAAGAAGCGUCAUGUGCUCUCUCAUGAGCCGCUGCGCGUUUCACUUGAGGACCUGCACUCUGCCGAAAGCAAGGGCAAGUGGUGGCUCGUCGGCGCGGCAUGGGGAGGCGACCCGCUCGUAGAUCAUCAAGAGAAUCAGUGCGCGGUUGCUGAGAAAGAUGAAGCGGACACAUUGAGCGAGAACGCGCUGCUCAAGCUGGCUAGGAAGCAAGGGAUGAACACGGAGAUUCGGAGGGGAAUCUUCGUCGUGCUCAUGAGCAGCGAGGACUAUGUGGAUGCUUGUGAGAGGUUGUCGCAGCUGAAAAUGACCGAGGUUCAGCAGCGCGAGAUCAUCCGUGUCAUAUUACAUUGCUGUGGAAAUGAGAAGUCAUACAACCCGUACUAUGCACUCAUAGGACAGCAGUUAUGCAGGAGCACUCAUUCACACACGGUGACAUUACAGUUCUGCCUGUGGGACUUCCUUCGCGAUCUCGGCGAGACGAACGUCGGCGGCGCGGAGGUCAUCAAGAACUUGGGCGAAGACUCCGGAUUUAACGUUAAACACAUCUCGUCGACGAGGAUGAGGAACAUCGCGAAGGCAUACGGGUGGUGGGUCGCGAAGGAUUGUUGCACCCUCGCGAUUCUGAAGCCUGUCGACUUCACGAUCUUGAAGCAGCAGUCACACACGUUCCUUAAGGAAUUGUUGAGCCAGAUCUUUAUUAGCACACAGGUCUCCACACCUCUGCUCAGCGGCGAACGCAACGUUUUUCCGACGACAAGGAACAGAGGUCCGCUAGAAGAAGUGUUUAUGAAGGCUACGCGGAUGCAGAACCUCUCUGUUGGGCUGAUACACUUCAUCAGCGAGGCGUUCAAGGGUGACAAUAGCGAAGACAAUGGUUUCAUCAAAUGGGCAAGUCAGGUCGCAAAAGACACUCUGCGGACAGGGAUGGACAUCGUCACGUCGUCGCUGGACUUUAGUUAAACACAUGAGCGCUAUAUCUUUAUUCCACGGCACAGCAUAGUUUCAAUCUGCUUUCUCGAAUGCUACACUCGAGUACACAUUUCCGCUCUUCCCUCCAAAAGAAAACGUUGGAAAC